AUGACUGCUCCCACUUUAAAAGCAGAAGAAGGGGAUGACGAGGACGAUUUAAGGAAAAAGAAAAACAACCAUUUUUUUUUUUUCUCCAAAAGUGAAAAAAAUGUGAGUGCGAGGAAAAUCCCCAAAAGUAAAAACGAGGUAGACAUAAACUUUUACGAAGAAGAACCCUACUUAGAUGAUAAAGUCAAUGACGUGGAUUACAUCAUUUUAAUAAUCCACGGGAUAGGGUCCAAUGAAGAGAUCAUCAUAAAUCAGUGUGAAGAUCUCAAGAAUAGUUUCAAAAUUGUAAAAAAAAUGUGGUUUUUUGAUUACCCUUUUAAUAUCCAUUUCCACAUUUUCAACUGGAAGAAGUACAUAAUAGACGCACAGAUUCACGUCUUCAACCGGAUAAACAUCAACACCAUGGCGGAGACGCGAAAAAUCGUGAACCUCUCCGCGGGGGACAUCAUAUGCUUCCUGCACCCGAGAUAUGGCGACUACAUCAUGACAAAUCUGUACAAUGAUAUAAACAAGGCGCUGGAAUCUUUAAAGAGUGACCCCAGCGGAAGAUUCAAAAACGCGAAGGUCUGCCUGUUGGGCUACUCCCUAGGGAGCGCCAUGGCCUACGAAAUUUUGCACAAUGUCAAAGUGAGAAUCAGUGAUAGUAACUUAAAGUACCACCUGAAGAGCAAAAUAGACUACUUCUUCAUGCUGGGGAGCCCCCUAAGUGCCUUGCUAUCAUUAUACAAGCCAGAUUACAUAAACGAGGGGUUGCGACCAAUGGAGGGGAUCAAAUUUUACAACCUCUUUCAUGGGUUUGACCCCGUUGCAUUCAGAAUAGAGCCGCUCAUAUAUCCCAAAAUAAAGAACAUCCCAGAACCCGUGUUGAUAAAUUAUUGGAGAAACAACGGAGCCAGGUACUGGUUUGAGUGGGAUAAAAAUAUGCAAAAUGCAAAAAUAGCCAUUGUGCAGAAUUUAAAUGAUUUCACAUCUGCCAUCACGAACGGGUUCUACAAAUUUAUCGGCAAAUCUGAAUCGAAUGAGGAGGAACAAGGCACGCUGAAUAAGAACCUCUGCUACAACAAGUGCGAGAGUAAAGACAUAAACAUGUUCCUGUCGAAGGUGAAGGAAAACCAAAGAAAAAUGGCUUUGCAGAAGAGGAAAAUGGAAAGAAGGAAUGGCAAAUUUAGAACCGUAAAGGAUAAACCCCCAUCUUAUGCUAACAUAACUGAAGAGGAAUACCAAACGAAGGUUUACCAAAAUGGGAAAAACUCGAAUGAGAUCCCCAGUGAUGAUUAUCUGUCUGCAGAGAAUUCCAGCUAUGUGGACAGCACCAAAAGCAUUUGUGCUUCGCAAGAUUCGAAUAGCGAAGUUUCUUUUUUUGACCAAAAUUUUAGUGACAAUUCGGGUGAUGACUCACCACGGGGGAAGACCCCCACCGGGGAAGUUUCAAAAAAGGGAAACCCCCUCUCCUCCUACUAUAGUAAUGGCGAUGGCGAUGGCGAUGCCAAUGCCGAUGCCGAUGCACCACACACGAAUACCAAACAGGAUAAAGCAAAUUCAAAUAAACAGGGCAACUCCACCAAUAAGGCAGACGAACUUCCCCUCCGAUACGACUAUCAGCUACAGGAAUUUAUAAUGGAGCAUUAUAUCUACCCCCUAGCGGUUGCAAAGUCGCAUUUUAAUUAUUUCAUAAUUAAGGACAUUUCAUUCUUCAUACUUAAGGAGCUACUAAACAGGACUGCCACCCUAAGCUAUGAGGAUUACCUAACUCAAAUAGAGCAAGAAUACAGCAACAAAUCGUUGAACGAGCAAGACCAUACUAAAAAGGAACGCUACCUGAAGAUAUCCGUCAAGGCAAGCAAAUCGCUGGACGAGUUUCGGAGGUAUGAGAAAAAUGUACAAGCCAUGUCCGAUCCGUUUAACAUGAAAAAUUUUAAAAAUCUCAUUUGA